ACACACACACUCACACACACACACAGAUAACAGACAGUCAACAAAGGAUUCCCUGAGAAUAAGGCAGAAGACAGUCACACACACAGAGGCAGCUUGAGCUCUGACAUCUCUCCCAGCAAGUUGUUUGAAGCAGAGACACAUAAUUCACAGCACAGAGGAUUCAGGCUUCCUCUAUCGGCUGCACGAAAUCUCCUGCCGCUGGAAUACAAUGGUGAUGCCUUCAACUGAACGUCAGAGAAUGAAAGACUGAGGCCUUAGGGUCUGGGAUUACGUCUGGAGACCCUGAAAGGCACCAGGAACACUUCUAUGUUUUUAAGGCCAUUUAUGGAUCUGGCACUUUUCUCAAAGUAAGGGACAGAUGGAUUUGUAUAUAUUGGAACCUUACGACUGAGAGGGGCAGCAGUUUUAUCUCAAAUAGAUAUGAUGAAGAAAAGCCGGAGUGUUCUAAUGGUUUCUGGUGAUGAGAAAUCAAAAGAGGACACAGAAAGAUACAGCAGAUCGUACACACCCACCAGCACCCUGGGAGUGGAGCUGCGCAGGGCAAGAAGGAGACCCUCCUACACUCUGCAGGUCCCACCCUGGCGCCCGGGUGAGAGAGCGCGGUCACCUGACUAUGACAACAUUCAGAGACCAACCACCCUGCCCCUGCGGAUCCCUCCUCGAAUCUCCAUCACCAACGCUGAUACUGACAGUAACCAGAGCAAUAAUUUUUGGGGAGAAGAUGAGAUGAUCGGAUCUGAAAAUCGCAUGUAAGGACAAAUGGGAACUUAAGCGGCCGUGUUAGAAAUAAGAAAUAAAGGGGGUUGGUGGGGGAUCUUGCUGAUCUAUUGACUGCCUGUUUAUGUGUUGUGUUUCUAUAUAAAUGGACGGGAUCAUAUUUCAUCCGAGAUAAAGCUGACGUGCAACAAAGGAUCUGUUUCUACCGUAACUGCAAGCCAUCUGAACUUAGUACAUGCAGGAAAAAAAUGAAUACUGAUUCUACUGCUGAAGAUUUCUACUGUAAUAAAAAUCACUAUGUUCACUUAUUCGAACAGUGACAGCCAUCCUGUUAUAAUUAAGAAAAAGAAUUUGGUUCUUGUUUUUUUUCUGUAUGUUUUUUUUUUGAAGAAUCGAAAAUAAAUCAGUUGCUAAUCACUGCUAAAUGCUCUUUUUAAAUAAUCACUUUAUGCCUUUAUUUUUUAUAUUUUCGCCUCGCAAAGAAAAAUAAUUUGACCAUCUAAACGGAUUUUAAAAAAAGAAAUACAUUUUUUCUAUCAAGGAUUUCUUUUAUUUUUAUAACUUAUAUUAUAUUUUUGGAUUGAAACCAACUGAGUUCUGACAGAUGGUGAGCAUUUUUUUGCCUUCUUUUUGAAAACCAUUAGCACCGGGACUGUCACAUCUGAUCAGUUAUCAUCAAUCUAUUCAGAAUAUAUAUGUUAUUUUUGUAAUAUGAUAAUUGAACAUUAACAUUUUAUAUAGUUGUAGUCGUUUUCGUUUAGAAGUGGGUGACGCCAUAUUUAUUUUUGGAGAUUUAUUUUUUUUAACUUGUUUUGGAAUUUUAUUUGCACUAUGAUGGAAGUACCUUCUUGCUCAAAGAAAAGUCUCUCGCUGUCUCUUCCCGUACCCCGGGAAGGACAAGCUACCCUGAAACCUCCACAACAUCUAUGGAGGCAACCAAGGACACCCAUUCGAAUUAAGCACAGGGGUUACUCGGACACAGAUCGCCACCCUCAUCGGCAGAUGGAAAGAGCGGAUGCUAUGGACACCAGUGACCGCCCUGGUCUGAGGAACUCCAGAAUGUCCUGGCCAUCUUCUUUCCAUGGUACCACCAGCAACAGCCAUGCAAGCCAUAAACAACGCUUCGAUGUGGAGAAUGGCCCUUCCCCAGGGCGCAGCCCAAUCGAUUCGCAGGCGAGUCCGGGGCUUGUGCUUCAUCCCAACUUUCCACAAAGCCAGAGGCGGGAAUCUUUCCUGUACCGGUCCGACAGUGACUACGACAUGUCUCCGAAAACCAUGUCCCGCAAUUCCUCCGUCACCAGUGAGGUGCACACUGAGGACCUCAUCGUUACACCCUUUGCUCAGGUGCUGGCCAGCCUGCGGAGUGUGCGCAACAACUUUACCGUCCUCGCCAACGUUACCACCCCAACCAAGCGCUCCCCAGUGAUGCCUCAGCAAACAGUCUGUAAAGCAACUCUCUCAGAGGAAACGUAUCAGCAGCUAGCCAAAGAGACUCUGGAGGAGUUAGACUGGUGUCUGGAUCAGUUGGAGUCUAUGCAGACCUACCGUUCUGUGAGCGAAAUGGCAUCAAACAAGUUCAAGAGAAUGCUGAACCGUGAGCUCACCCACCUGUCUGAGAUGAGCCGUUCAGGGAACCAGGUCUCAGAAUAUAUUUCCAACACAUUUCUUGAUAAGCAGAAUGAAGUGGAGAUCCCUUCCCCAACACAGAAGGAGAGAGAGAAGAAGAAAAAGCAGCAGCCCAUGUGCCAAAUCAGCGGUGUCAAAAAGCUUAUGCACAGCUCGAGCUUAACCAAUUCUACCAUCCCACGGUUCGGAGUAAAAACUGACCAGGAGGAAGUUCUCUGCAAGGAACUGGACAAUUUAAACAAGUGGGGCCUUAAUAUAUUCAGAGUAGCAGAAUAUUCCAAUAAUCGGCCGCUUAGCUGUAUAAUGUACACUGUAUUCCAGGAGAGAGAAUUGCUGAAAACCUUCCAGAUCCCAGUAGACACCUUAAUGACGUACAUGAUGACCUUGGAAGAUCACUACCACGCAGAUGUCGCUUACCACAACAGCCUACACGCAGCCGACGUCACGCAGUCCACACACGUCCUCCUAUCGACUCCGGCGUUAGAUGCGGUGUUUACAGACUUGGAGAUUUUGGCUGCAUUAUUUGCAGCUGCGAUUCAUGACGUAGACCAUCCUGGCGUUUCCAAUCAGUUCCUUAUUAAUACAAAUUCUGAGCUGGCGUUAAUGUACAAUGACGAAUCUGUGUUAGAGAAUCACCAUUUGGCCGUGGGCUUUAAACUGCUGCAGGAAGAGAACUGCGACAUUUUCCAGAACCUCCCCAAAAGGCAGAGGCAGAUGAUGAGAAAGAUGGUGAUUGACAUGGUUCUGGCCACUGACAUGUCCAAACACAUGAGUUUGUUAGCAGACCUGAAGACUAUGGUGGAGACUAAGAAAGUGACCAGUUCUGGAGUUCUUCUGCUGGAUAACUACACCGAUAGGAUACAGGUCCUUCGGAACAUGGUGCAUUGUGCAGAUCUGAGCAACCCAACAAAACCACUGGAGCUUUAUCGUCAGUGGACUGACCGCAUUCUGGAAGAGUUCUUCAGACAGGGGGACAAAGAAAGAGAGAGAGGGAUGGAGAUCAGCCCUAUGUGUGAUAAGCACACUGCAUCUGUGGAGAAAUCCCAGGUGGGUUUUAUCGAUUACAUUGUCCACCCGCUUUGGGAGACCUGGUCGGACCUCGUUCAUCCAGACGCUCAAGAUAUCUUGGAUACUUUAGAGGACAACCGAGACUGGUACCAAGGUAUGAUUCCACAGAGCCCCUCUCCACCACCCGACGACCCAGACAAGGACGAGGAGGCCUGCAUCGAGAAGUUUCAGUUUGAGCUGACUUUGGAGGAGGAAGCGGAAGAUUCCGACAAGGACAGGAACAGUGGUAUUGAAGAAGAGGAUGGUCACUGUUUGCACGAAGCAACUGAAAUCCAAGAGUUAGAAGAAGAGUUUAUGGCAAUGCAUGAAGGACAAACAGAACAAACAGACGUCUACUCAGACAACUCAUCACCAGUAGAAGAUUCAUGAACUUUGUUCAAACAAUAAUUCUAAAUAUGAUAUAUUAUCACGAGAAACUAUUUUACACGAGAUCAAAAAAGUGUUUUUAUUUCCUAUUUAUUUAUUAUUAUUUUUUAUUUCUAUUUUGUUUUUGUACUCUCAAGGGGAACAAACACAAUUACUGUAGAUUCAGAUACUUUUGCACAGAAUAGGAGUUUGUUGCCAUAAGAAAGUUACAACACACUCUAGAAAAAACAAACUGUAACUUAUCAUUCGUUUUUUUCUUCACCUUCAAACGGAUGCAACCAGGAAAAAAAAACCCCCAGUCCAUUUCUAUUUUUUGCCCUCGCUUCAAUAAGCCAUUUUUUUCCCCCAAAAAGUAAAUGUAUUGACUAGGGUUUUCUUUUUUUGAAGUUGGGUGGACUGCCUUUUUUUUCCAUUUCUUUUGGACACGUAGAACAUUGGCCAUGCAAAAAACAAAAACAUCAUCUCAUGCCACCAAGCUGUUUCCACGCCUUUGGAUAGUCUAAAAGUAGUCGGAAUAUGACAGUGGAAAGGGUGUGCCUUUUAUAUAAAUGUAUUUCUGUCUGAUUCUGUGCGAUGAAAGGAGCUUCAACCUUCUGAGAUGUUUCUACAGAGGAUAUUGGAGCCAACAAACCAAUACCUUAUGGAAUCUGCAAUUUGCUGCCUGAAAGGAGGGGUCGUACCUUUCAACCACUAUUUACACUGUCACGGAAUAAGAAUCUACAGGAUCCAGCAAAGACACUUUUUUGGUUUAAAAAAAAAAGAAAGAAAGAAAAGUAAUAUUUUAUUUGUCGAUAUCUCUUGACUUAGAUAUAAUAUAUAUUUUCUAAAUGCUCUUAAGAUAUUGCUCAUCUCUUGUAACGGAGUCAGCAUUAAUGCCAUCGUUUUACUAAGGGAGUAACGAGUGGAAAUAUUAACGUAGACGCCACUUGCAGUUCAUCUAAAAGUCUUCCUCUCUCUUCUUUUCUUUCAUUUGCACAUUCUGGCAAUACACGAGCAUGAUGGAGCCCAUGUCCAUAUUAGAGUCUGCACCCCAGUGUUUAGGCAUUGAGUCUGACUGUAUGUUGUGAUUUUAGCUACAUAUAUAUAUAUAUAUAUAUAUAUAUAUAUAUAUAUAUAUAUAUAUAUAUAUAUAUAUAUAUAUAUAUAUAUAUAUAUAUAUAUAUAUAUAUAUAUAUAUAUAUGAGAAUAUCAAUUUGGCUGUUUGAUGAAAAACCCCAGAAGAACAACAAUGAGAAUUCAUGGAGCAGAGUUAUCAAAAUUCAAAAUGUCAAGUUUUUUAUUUAGUAAUGUAUGCUGAUUUAUGGAAAUACACCUAAAGGAGAAGGAAAGCUACCGAAGCAGUUUAUUACCAAUAGUUUAGCCACAAUAGUACAAGCUAUAACACUAU